UCAGUUCAGUUGCGUCUCAGUGGGUUUUGUUCAGACUGCAGAAUCUUCAUCUUCAACUAUUUGGACUGUUUAAAGAAACUAUGAAGGUGUGUGUGUGAGCUGAUGUGGACGUGAAUUCAGCAGAAUGGAUCAGUGUGAGGACGGAGAGGAGGGAGUCCCUCCCUCUAAAACCUCUCUGUGUGGGGAACAUGAGAGUCGGAGCAAAGCUCAGAGGAAUCGAUCUGGAGCUGAACCUAAACCUGGACCUGGACAUGAACCUGAACCUGAACCCAGCUGGGUGCCCUUGAAGAGCGACCGAUCAAUGGACAAGUUAAUUCACUUUAAAAGAGACCAACGUUCUGCUUUAAAUAGGGUCCAUCAGAAAAGAGACUCUCCCAGCUGUUUGUCCUUGAAGAGCGACUGGUCAAGGGACUGGUUAAUUAACUUUAAAGGGGACCAACGUUCUCCUUCAGAGAGAGUGGACCAGCAGAACUCAGAGCCUCCCAGCGGUUCGUCUGUCCAGCAGCAUCAGACACAGCUAGACUCCAUAUUUCUGCUGCUGGAGGACAACAUUGUCAUGUUUGUGAAGAAUGAGCUGAAGAAGAUCCAAAGUGGUCUGCGUCCAAAUUACCCAGAAUCCCUAGAUCAUCUGUUGGAGGGUGAGGAUGAAGAGCAGAGGAGCAGCAGAGAGGCGUUUGUGAAGAUCACAGUGAACGUCCUGAGGAGAAUGAAGCAGGAGGAGCUGGCUGAGCGUCUGCAGAGAAUUUCUUUUGCUGCAGUUUGUAAAAAGCGGCUGAAGUCUAAGCUGAAGAAGAAGUGCCAGUGUGUGUUUCAAGGGAUUGUUAAAGCAGGAAACCCAACCCUUCUGAAGCAGAUCUACACAGAGCUCUACAUCACAAAGGGAGGGACUGGAGAGGUCAACGAUGAACUUGAAGUCAGACAGAUUGAAGCUGCAUCCAGGAAACCAGACAGAGCAGAAACAACCAUCAGACAGGAAGACAUCUUUAAACUCCCACCUGGAAGAGAUGAACCAAUCAGAACAGUGAUGACGAAGGGAGUGGCCGGCAUCGGGAAAACAGUCCUAACACAGAAGUUCACUCUGGACUGGGCUGAAGGCAAAGGCAACCAGGACAUCCAGUUACUGCUUCCAUUCACCUUCAGAGAGCUGAAUGUGCUGAAAGAGAGAAAGUUCAGCUUGGUGGAACUUGUUCAUCACUUCUUCACAGAAACUAGAGAAAUCUGCAGCUUUGAAGAGUUCCAGGUCGUGUUCAUCUUUGACGGUCUGGAUGAGAGUCGACUUCCUCUGGACUUCCACAACAAUGAGGUCCUGACUGAUGUUACAGAGUCCACCUCAGUGGAUGUCUUGCUGACAAACCUUAUCAGGGGGAACCUGCUUCCUUCUGCUCGUCUCUGGAUCACCACACGACCCGCAGCAGCCAAUCAGAUCCCUCCUGAGUGUGUCUCCAUGGUGACAGAGGUCAGAGGGUUCACUGACCCACAGAAGGAGGAAUACUUCAAGAAGAGGUUCAGAGAAGAGGAGCAGACCAGCAGGAUCAUCUCCCACAUCAAGACAUCACGGAGCCUCCACAUAAUGUGCCACAUCCCAGUUUUCUGCUGGAUCACUGCUACGGUCCUGGAGAAAGUCCUGGAAACCAGAGAGGGAGGGGAGCUGCCCAAGACCCUGACUGAGAUGUACAUCCACUUCCUGGUGGUCCAGACCAAACUGAAGAAGGUCAAGUAUGAUGGAGGAGCUGAGACAGAUCCACACUGGAGUCCAGAGAGCAGGAAGAUGGUGGAGUCUCUGGGAAAACUGGCUUUUGAGCAGCUGCAGAAAGGAAACCUGAUCUUCUAUGAACCAGACAUGAGAGAGUGUGGCAUCAAUGUCAGAGAGGCUUCAGUGUACUCAGGAGUGUUCACCCAGAUCUUUAGAGAGGAGAGCAGCCUGUACCAGGACCAGGUCUUCUGCUUCAUCCAUCUGAGUGUUCAGGAAUUUCUGGCUGCUCUUCAUGUCCAUCGGACCUUCAUCAAGUCUGGAGUCAACCUGCUGGAGGAACAAAGAAACACCUCCUGGUGGUUUAAAACAAGAGCAGUGACUCAGCUCUAUCGGAGUGCUGUGGACAAGGCCUUACAGAGUCCAAACGGACACCUGGACUUGUUCCUCCGCUUCCUCCUGGGUCUUUCACUGGAGACCAAUCAGACUCUCCUACGAGUUCUGUUGGAACCAGAACAAAGAAGAUCACAGAACAAUAAGGAAACAGUUGAAUACAUCAAGAAGAAGAUCAGUGAGGAUCUAUCUGCAGAGAAAAGCAUCAACCUGUUCCACUGUCUGAAUGAACUGAACGUUGGUUCUCUGGUGGAGGAGGUCCAACGGUCCCUGAGGUCAGGACGUCUCUCCACAGAUAAACUGUCUCCUGCUCAGUGGUCGGCUCUGGUCUUCAUCUUACUGUCAUCAGAAGAAGAUCUGGAGGUGUUUGACCUGAAGAAAUACUCAGCUUCAGAGGAGGUUCUCCGGAGGCUGCUGCCGGUGGUCAAAGCCUCAAAGAAAGUUGUGUUGAGUGGUUGUCACCUCUCAGAGGACAUCUGUGCAGAUCUGUCCUCAGUUCUCAGCUCUCAGUCCUCCAGUCUGACAGAACUGGACCUGAGUAACAACCACCUGCAGGAUUCAGGACUGAAGAAGCUUUGUCCUGGACUGGAGAGUCCACACUGUCACCUGGAGUCUCUCAGGCUGUCAGGCUGUCUGAUCUCAGAGGAAGGCUGUGCUUCUCUGGUCUCAGCUCUGAGCUCCAACCCCUCCCAUCUGAGAGAGCUGGACCUGAGCUACAACCAUCCAGGAGAGUCAGCAGUGAAGCUUUUGUCUGCUGGACUGAAGGAUCUCCGCUGGAGACUGGACACUCUCAGGGUGGAGCCUGCUGGACAACGAUGGAUGACACCAGGUCUGAGGAAGUAUUCCUGUCAACUCAUCAUCGACACAAACACAGUCCACAAACGCAUCAAACUGUCUGACAACAACAGGAAGAUGAUGUAUGUGGAUGAAUAUCAGUCAUAUCCUGAUCAUCCAGACAGGUUUAAUUACUGUUGUCAGCUGCUGUGUAGAGAAGUUCUGACGGGUCGCUGUUACUGGGAGGUCCAGUGGAGAGGAAAAGUUUAUAUAUCAGUGAGUUACAGAAGAAUCAGAAGGAAAGGAGACUGUAAAGACUGUGUGUUUGGAAGAAACGAUCAUUCCUGGAGUCUGGAAUGUUUUGAUGGUGGUCGGUACUCUGUCUGGCACAAUAACAGAGUAACAUCUUCCUCCUCCUAUUCCUCAGUCUCUGACAGAGUAGCAGUGUAUGUGGCCGUUCCUGCUGGAACUCUGUCCUUCUACAGCGUCUCCUCUGACAGACUGAUCCACCUCCACACCGUCAACACCACAUUCACUGAACCUCUCUCUCCUGGGUUCAUGAUCUGGUCCAAGUCUGGUUCUUCAGUGACUCUGUGUUGAGUUCAGUCUCAAGAGUCUCCUCCUGUCAGAGAAACCGUCUCUGUUGGACAGAUAGUUGAGUCUGUACAUGUCUGUCUCUGUUUCCAUCAGAACACCGGAAUCAUAUGUUGGUGAAACUGUUCUGAAUGAUUCCUUGGAAACUUCUUCCUCUUCCAGUCCUUUAAAGGUGGAAGCUGCUGUUAUUCCAGGAUCCACAUGUUGUUCUUCUGUCUGUUUCCAGUCAGAGCUUCACAGUGAACAGCAGCAUGUUGUUUCUCUGCAGCUCACAGCUGAGAUCAUUCACUUCAUGUCAGCUGCAGUUAGUUUGCUGCACAUGUGACCAACUGUGAUGUCAGAGAGGAAUCACUGAGCUGCAAUCAGCCUAGAUGAAGUUACAACCUGCUGACAGAUCUGAGCAAAAGGUUGCUGUGCAGCCAGGAUUCAUCCUGGUCUUUAUUCUCGCACACUUCCUGUUCCAACCAGGACGUCACUACUGGACUGUCAGGUUUCUGUCAUGGUGAAGGGUUUGUUUAUGUGUGAGCUCUCACCAAGAUGAAUAAGAUGAUCCAUCCAUCCAUUAUCUAGAACUGCCUCUUCAUGUUCAGGGUCCCGGGGGUUGGCCUUGUUGAUUUUACACUGUACUAAGAAGGGCUACUUUUUUAACAGAAUUCUUCUUUGAUGACAAUAUUUGAUAUCCACUCAUUAAAAGCGCUACCUCAACAUUUCCUCAAAAUAAUUAUCCAAUUGAUUUAUCAUGCUAGGAAACAUAUUUCAGAAUAAAACAUUUUUUAUUCUUAAUCAAUUUAAAAUGUUCCAAUUUUCAAAUGAUCACUUCUGUAACAUUUUAGUAGAAAAUCAUGAACCUCUUCAAAUUAAGUCCCAUUUAUAUGAAAUUAAGCAGCAUAACACUUCUAGCAAAUCAUGAAGUCCCACAUCUGUAGAAAUGAUCAGGUAUAAAAAUAAUCGGAUAUUCAAAAUCCAUUUGUACUAAUAAUCAAAUAUGUAGCUCUGGUCUUACGGUUUGCCUGACAGAGUGGUUGAUUUAAAGGGAUUGUGACAUGAAAAACACAUUUUUCUUGAUUUUUUGUGUUUUGUUGGGUGUCUUGACAUCAAUUACACCCAAAAAACAACGAACUUUUAACAUUCAGUGUAUUGUGUGCUUUCUGGGAUUUUCCGCAUAACUAUGCAAAAACGGCGCAUGUGGUUUGGUGGCGGGCCGUUACGUAACGGCCCGCUAAAUCACCGCCCCCUCCACCCAGCUCCCUGCCUCCGCUCCUCUCCAGCGCACCAUAAAGGCUGAUUUAUGGUUCCGCGUUACACCGACGCAGAACUACGGCGUAGGGUUACGCGGCGACGCGCACCGUACGCUGAACCCACGGCGUAGGCUCUGCGUCGAUUUAACGCGGAACCAUAAAUGAGGCUUAACACGGAGCUGAUUAGAGCCUCUUUUGUUCUAAUCACCGGAGGAAAACUGCUUAGAAGACCCGCGGCCACUGACUGGACUUAAGAUAAGGGGACAGUGCUGCUUGCAUGCCUUUAUUUUUAUGAUUGUUUGCUGUGGUUCGCCCUCCUGCUUUUCCGUGUAUGCUUCGCCUGUCGCUCUCCGACGCCGCUGUGAGCGUAUGGCUGGAGGAGGAGGAGGUUUGGAGGAGGAGCGGAGCAAUGAUUGACAGGAAAGGGGGGAAAGGAAGCGUUUUUCACGGGGCAAAAAAACACUGUAAUAAAAAGCCAGGAAUAGGAGUACUAGAGUGAAGUUUUUCUUGUUACACCCUUUUAGACACAUUUGAGGGAUGUUGGCCAAGACUUUUAAUAGUGUUAAAAGCAUGUUAAAAAUGAUGUCACAAUACCUUUAAGAACUUCCAUAUGGGUUAUAUUUUAUAAUUCUGCUGGUGAGUAUUUUCAGGAGUGUUAUUUACUUCACUAAUUGUUCAAAAGUCAUUAGUUAUGUUAUUUGAAUGUAACUGAUUGUUUCUUUGUUGCAAGUUAAAUGUGAUAUUAUCUCAUGUUGAUGUUCAUGCUUAUAAAAUUAUUUGGAUUGUGUGCUAUGGUUAAACAUAUGUUUAUUGCUGUUUAUUGAUUUCUAUUAUUCUAUGGUUUAUUCCAGAACCACACACACACACCACAUCUUUAAGUGCACUCUCUAAACUCGAUUAAAGCAC